UCGGUCGUCUCGGCCUCAGGUAAUCGAGUUAAGGCCUUUUCAGUUUUUUUCAUGUGCCUAAAGACGAUCCAGGAUGACGGACAGUGCUACCGUGACGUGAAAAUACACCUGGUAAAUUGUAAAAAAUUGGCUCAAUCAUAUCAACAGUCCACGGAUGAUGUUCAACGAGGGCAAAGACGAGUCGAUGAGAAAUGUUGAUAAUCAAAAUACGUCCACUGACACUGAAUGUUGCAACGUGGCGAGUGAAUCGCCACGAAAUCCAUCGUUAGAGGAGAGACUCGCCAGCAAGAUGUUGUCAUACUCACGUGAAACAAUUUGUUUAUUCAUCGGAAUUUUUACAUUCGGCCUUGCAUUCGCUGCACUCCACAAUGCAGCCCCCAGGAUAUCGAAGCCACCACCGGCUCGACCUUUUUUCAAUGAAAAUUCGGUAAUAAUUGAUUUUUAUAAGGGACAAGUCAGUGCCAUGAUUGAACGAGCCUCGGACUCUGAUCUGAGCUUUAUCAUGUAUUAUGCACCUUGGGAUGCUGAGUCGCAGAUUGUGAGGGAAGAGUUUGAAAUUGUGGCACAACAGUAUCAUUCACAGAUGUUCUUCUCAGCGAUAAACUGCUGGCACCCAGGCUCUGAAUGUCGCGCGCAGUACCCAAAGAUCCAGAGCUACCCAGUGCUGAUCCUGUACCCCCUCCGCGGAACGGGUGUCCAAUACCGGGGUAUCCCAACAGCCCCCUACAUGCUGCGUUUCCUGGCCAACUACCUGCACCCCCUGUCCCGCAUCUCAACCCAAGAGGACCUGACUCGCCUGCUGAUCCCCCACGAGCUAGUCCUCGUGGGUUUCUUCAACUUCACCGGGCUGCCCUCGAGCCCAGGCUACCAGGACUUCUACAAGCUCUCCCUCCGUUUCCUGGAGAAAGACCCCAACCGCGAGAUAAAGUUCGCAGUGGUGACGUCCCCAGGGGCCUCCGCAGGCUUCAGCAUCUCUUCGUUCCCCUCAGCAAGCCUCCACCUGUGGAACGAGUCGUUGAUCUACCCCUCCGACAGAAUCUGGAGCUGCGAGAGCCUCCUGCAGUGGCUGGAGCGCUCGAUCCACCGAGUCUCCCAGUGGCUGCAGCCCCCAGGCGUCAAAUCUGUGACCCUAGCCCCCUACCUCAACGCUGGCCCCGUCCUCUUCCUGUUCAUCCCCAGGAAUCCCCUCCACCCUACCAACUACAACUACAAACUCCUCCAGGAGGUGGCCCUGGAGUACCACAACUGUGAUAACCUCUACUGGACCAACGCCCUCAUCCAGCACCUGCAAAGGGAGCGACACCAGUCCCAACUUGGCCACCAGGAGUCCAUCCAAAAAUGCUCGGAGCUGCUCUCGAAAUCCCAGGAAAACAGCAUCCCCCUGAGCAUUUCCCUGCAGCAGUGGGUCAACGACAGCUGCUGCGCCAAGAUCUUCAUGAAUAAAUGCCUCCUCUGCAGGGACAGAGGCCCCGAGGACGUCUGCAGCACUCCCCCAAGACACUUGCACGAAAUUUGCAGUCAGAAGGACGUCUUCAAGGUGAUGAACGAGAAGGAUUUCGACAGGCACUUCUGCUGCGAUGGGGAUCCUCGGGGCUCUCAGACUUCCUCGAGGUCCCCAGGGGCAGCUGCGGGCGACAGGAGGUACCUCUCCUCCAUGAUCACUGGGGAGAACGACCCCAAGUCCCCGGAAAACCUCAGGAAACUAAUUCUUAGGGAGAACUGUAAAUAUUUGAUGAUUGGAGACAAGUAUCAGCCUCCAGUGUUUCCUGUCAGCCUCGAGGGGGAUGUCGAGGUGAAGCUCAGGGCCUCUGCCUGCAGUGGCAACAGGUCGUUGUCCUUCGUCGCAAUUGAUAGUCUGAAUUAUUUUCAUUUUGCUGAAGGACUGGGGAUCGACCUCAUGAGGAUGGAGAAUAGGACUGCUGUUGUUAUUCUCGAUUCUGUUCAGGAGAGCCAGUACCUCAUGGAGGGGCACCUGGGGAGGGAGUCACUUGUCAAGUUCAUUGAUGAGUUCAGUAAUGGGUCCCUGCAGAGGAGGCUGAGGUCGGACUCGGGGAGGAGAUUCGCUAGGGACUUCCAGCCGGUCGACGAGUGCAAGGGCGAGAGGAGCGACCAGGUCUGCAUUCAGGAACUCACGACUGAGAGCUUUCUCAGGGCUGUCUUGGAUCCUCGCAGGGAUGUGGUCGUUCUUUAUCACUCGCCUUACUGCGCGUUCUGCGGUGCUGUUGGAUAUGUUUAUCUGACUGUUGCACGGUAUCUCAGGAGGAUGAGUAAUCUGGCGUUCGUUAGAAUCGAUGGGGAUAAUAAUGACUUGCCUUGGGAAUACAGCAUGAAUCGGUAUCCGGCGAUUCUCUUCUUUCCAGCUAAGAGAAAAGAGGACAGCACGGUGUAUCCAUUCAGCUUGCCAAUAACAAUUCCAAAUCUAUUAAAUUUCGUUCUCGCUAAUUUAAACGAUGAUUCACACAUCGAAGCACUGGUGAAUGUGUGUCACACUGGAGCUGGUGAGCCACCAAAAGACUGCGUAGCUAGAAUACGAAGGCUGUGCCUCGAUAUUAUUCAUAAUCAGCUGGGAAUUUACCGGAAGCUGCGGAGACAGAGUAGAUACCUGCCCAAGAUGACGUUAUCUAAUAAAAGACGAGAGAUCUUGCGGCGAUUGGAGCACAUACGAGAGAUUCACUUGAUUCUCAGCAUCGUGGACGAUCUCGAGACUGACGAGAAGUUUUUCACGAUUCUGAAGAAAUUCCGUACUUACUACAGGAAUUUGAAAAAAAUUGGCAGUCAAAUCUGCGAAAUCUCGAAGGGUCAGGAUGAGAGAAUUAGACCUUUGAGAGACGAGUUAUGAUGACAAUUGACAUUGAUCUUUUCAAAGAGACUCAUUUUUAUGGAUGAAGUCGAGAAAAAUGUACAGUUAUGCAAUUAAUUCGAUUAAGAGAGGAGGGAAGUGGUAAAAUGCAACAGAAUACAAAAUAGAUUUUUAUAUCUUUUGGAUAUGCAUCGAAUUGUGUCGAUGACUGGCUGCAGGCGAAAAUGUGAGGAGAAUGGGGCAAUAUGGACACUUUUGAGUUUUUUUUAAAUUUUGAUAAUUAAUUGUACUGUUGAUGAAACGGGAUAAUUCUUCUUUUCUUGUAAAGUACAAUUCUUCCUCUUUGGGAUGAGUGCAGACGGAGCUCAAUUAAUGAUUUUAUUUCUGAGCUAUGAAUAGUAAAAAAAUGUAAAAGUGUCCAUUUUCUCCCUCGACGAAACUAUUUUUUUGAAUAAUAACAUUAAAUAUUCAGUGAAUUUCAUGGAAAAACUCAAUUACAAUUCCCAAAAUCAUGACUACACGUUCUACCACUUCCCUCGAAUCUAAUCAUCAUCACCAUCAUUAUCAUUCCCCUCAUCAUGGAAGAAGUGUAAAUAUUGUUGAAAAUAAAUGCCUCUAUUAUUUUAAA